GAACGACGUGCGGCCGCGCGGGCCAAGUCUGGGCACCGCCACCGCUGAUUAAACAUUCGAAAAAUUUCACUGCCAAGUAUCGGCACAAUCAAUCGACGGUCCUCCGAAUACCAUGAGCCUUCUUCCGAGAGUUGAUAUCGACAAGCCCAAAUAUGAUCAGAAUACGUACGAGGGCAGGGCCAAGCACUUCUUCCUGGUCACCAACCCGCUCAAUAUUUUCACCACCAACGCGAAACUGGAGGAGGCCCGACGUAUUGUGCUGAAUUACAGAGCCGGCAAGGACGUACCAGAGUGCAAGACAAUCGAUGAUGUGUGGCGCGCCAAGUACCUGUACGAUUCCGCCUACCAUCCGGAGACGGGCGAAAAGCAGUUGAUCAUUGGGCGCAUGUCGGCACAGGUCCCCAUGAACACGAUUAUCACCGGCGGGAUGAUGGCCUUCUACAAAAGCACGAGCGCCGUCGUCUUCUGGCAGUGGUGUAAUCAGACGUUCAACGCCAUUGUCAACUAUACGAACCGUUCGGGCUCAUCGCCCAUCAGCAAGCCGCAACUGAUUACCUCGUACUGCUUGGCAACCGGAGGAGCUCUGGUCACGGCGCUUUCCCUGAACCGGGCCGUGAAGAAUAUGAACCCUCUUCUGGGCCGCCUGGUACCCCUCGUCGCUGUGAGUGCUGCUAAUUGUAUCAACAUUCCCUGCAUGCGGAUGCAGGAGCUUCAAAACGGUGUGGUGCUGCUGGAUGAUAAAAACGAUACGGUGGGCAUUUCCCAAAAGGCUGCAUGUCUAGGCAUCUCGGCAGUCAUCCUCAGUCGGAUUUCAAUGGCUAUUCCUGGAAUGACACUUACGCCGAUGCUUAUGAAUGUUCUUGAGAAGAGGGGCUUCCUUUCUAAGUACCCGCGCUCCAACGCUCCCAUCCAGGUGCUCUUCUGCGGUUUCGUGUUGAUAUUUGCCACGCCCCUCGGCUGUGCAUUCUUCAAGCAACGUGCAGAAAUCAAGGUGGACAACCUUGAGGAGAAUCUUCGUGACAAGAUCAAGAAGGAUCGUCCCGAAUUGGACACAGUAUACUACAACAAGGGCCUGUAACAAGGGAUAACAUUUUUUUCAAAGAGGCACAUGUUUAUUUCCUCGCAGUGCAUUUAUUAGCAUUUCUGUUUGCGUCGCAUGUUGAGUUAAGUUUUAAAUACUCUUGAGAUUAUUACUAGCUUACGUACAUAUAUUUAUCGCGAAUUCUCAGGCAAAUAUGGAUGGAUCAAGAUAUACCUGGCUGAAUGUAAUGUAUGUGUAAGAAUAGAUCGAAACGUGAAAAAACAAUAAAUUUAUGUUAUUUGUUGAA